GUCAUAUUAAUUUUUGAUAUCGAAAAUGAAACUUUGGUUGUAAAAAUAGUUAUUUACAUUUUAUUGCCAAGUAAUAGUUUUUCAAUGAAAUUUCUCAGAAGUCAGAAGUGACAUUGAUUGUUACAGGUAUUCAGUAAGGAAGUAGUAGAUGCUUUGAAUUUCAGAAGGUUCCUUGAAAGCCGUGUAGCUUUGGACGUGCCUGUCCGCCUGUAUAAAAGUGGUUGAAUAGAUAUCAAAAAAUAUAUGUGGUAAAACCAACACCAUAAAAGUUGAUUAAAAAUGGCAACAAGAAAUGCUGACAAAGAAAAUCCUGCCAGUGAAGAGAAUCCUGUCAGUGAAGAAAAUCCUGUCAGUGAAGAGAAUCCUGUCAGUGAAGAAAAUCCUGUCAGUGAAGAAAAUCCUGUCAGUGAAAAAACUCAGAGCAAGAUGGUCAUACAUAUGAAAAUUGCAGCUCACCAGCUUCUGUCUAAGUUACUGAGACCUGACGGCCUUCGAAGUAACUGGGAAGAUUUGGCUGGUCUGAUGGGAUUUAGCACUGAGGAAAUAUGGAAUCUUAAAUGCGACAUAGACCCAGUGGAAUCUAUAGUCCGUCAAUGGGAGAGGCGCCCUGAUGCAACCAUUGAUAAGCUGCUAUUAUUUUUAGAAGAAAUUAAAAGACCUGAUGCUAUUGAAGAUCUUGAACCAUUCAUAAAGGCAACACCUUUUCCAUCAGAAUUUGAACAAAAGAGAAGACAAGUUUUAGAAAACUACAGUCAAAGUCCUGCUGAUAAUAAACUUCCAAUAGAUCUGGAAAGAUUAACUGUCUCCGAUGAGAUUUUUGAUGGAUUCAUUUGUUAUGCAAAAGAAGACAGAAGUUUCGCUCAUGAAAUACUAAAAAGAUUGGAGGCUCCUCCGUACAAUCGUAAAAUAUGUAUUGAUUAUCGCGACUAUGUACCAGGUCAUUGUAAACUGCAACAAACAGCUAAAAUUAUCGAGCAUCGAUGCAAACGUUUAAUUGCAGUCCUGUCACCAAAUUUUAACAAUUCUUCAAAUGCUGGUUUUCAAGUGAAGAUUGCAUUAAACUUAUCACCAGAUUUUGUUGAACGUCGGGUAAUUCCAAUUGUUUAUCAGGAUUGCAAUAUUCCGGAAAUCUUAAAACCAAUUUAUCAUCUGAGAUAUGAUGAUUCCUAUGACCAAUUGUUUUUCUGGGAAAGACUUGCUACGUCCCUUGGAUACAAAGAUCCAAGAAAACCCAGAGGCAGUCCGCGCACUCAAACAAGAAAAAUGGAAAAUGGGCAGAGUCCACGUUCAGAGAAGAAACUGGACACUGAAAAGAAAACUGGAGGUGGAUUGUUCAAUAAAUUUAGAUCGAAAAAAUGAUAUUCAGUUUUUUAUCUGUACACAGUCGCAGGUGAAUUAUGGCUGGAACGCGAGAAUAGACAUUUUUCGUGGGGAAAUACAGUUUUACAACACGUGAGACCAUCUUAAGAUUCAGUCAUGACUUGUUAGCUAUGGUUGGGCAAGGUUUUCAUAGUGGGCUAAAAACAUUUUUGUACGAAAAUCAUCCAAGUCAAAGUAAGAUUUUCCUUCCGAUGUAACUACACCUUGCGCAGGCGCACUAGUCCAUCACGGAUCUUCACAGUCGAACAGUGGGCGAAGCACGAAAAGUGGAAAGCGGGAAAACAUAAUAAAGAAUUUUCAAUUUUUGUACGAAAUUCCAAUAUAGUUUCUAGUAUGUUGGCACAAUUAACGAGACGACUGACUUUGACAAAAACAACUUUUAUUGAAAGCACCAUCAAAAUAUUACAAUAUAUAUCUUCGGGAAAUAAAAAAUUUA